AGGCAUCCACAGCCCCGGUUCCAAGUGUGGACGUUGAUGCUCUGGUGAGGAGUGAAUCUUUCUCUCCUGAUGAAGAACAGCAGCACAUCAACAGACCUAAGUCAAAGGGGGAACGCCGGAGCACCCUCUGUUUGGCGAAAGCGUACCCCAAAUUCCCACCAAGCAUCUUGGAAUACAUCGCGGAAUAUUGGCAGCACCUCAAAGGCUCCCGUGGUCUGAGGAAAAGGAUCGAAAAUCAAAGAUCCAAAGUGGGUAGAAUCAUGGCUUUCCUUUCGUUUAUAACCAAGGGCCAGCCAAUCCUCCAGAAUUGGACUUUCCUUCCCAAUAUGUCCAGGAUAUACCAGUGGCCAGAGCAUCUGCAGAAUGGUGGAAAAGCGGAGAACACAGUGAAGACCUACCUGGUGAAUUUGUCCCAGUUCCUGGGCUACUUCAGGGACACCCCUCCCUCCUCAUCCAGGGUUCCAAAAAGAGAAGUGUUUGCCGUGAUUCGUGCUAUCUCAGAGUGUAUUGCAAGCCUGGGUCCACGUGUUGUCAUGCGUCAGAUACGUGUAAAGAAAAAUAAGUUGAGCAGAACCAUCUCCAAGGACCAACUUCGCCUCUGCAAAGUCCUGGCCAGGAGACGCAUCCCUGAACUUCUUGAUGAACUGUCUGAGGACCCCAACCCGGAGGCGCGCAGGAGAUAUUUUGGGUACCUCAGUGUUUACCUAGCAAGCCUAUAUGGACACCGCACCGGUGUUCUAAAGAAUAUGACGGUCUCCGAGGUUGAUGAAGCCCAGAAGGAAGCCACAGUCGGGCAAGCGGGCUUUGUGAUCAAUGUGAAGGAACACAAAACCAACCGUGCGUUUGGCCCCGCACAGCUCUGCUUAACUGUAGAGGAAUUCUCAUGGGUGGAGCAGUGGAUGAUCAUCAGACAGAAACUAAACCCACCCACAGACCUUCUUCUCUUCACCGAAAACUUCACAAAAAUCGAGAAACUCAUCGUGCCGAUGCAAGCCGCCUGGCGUGACAUGGGUUUUCCUGGGCGUCCCACAUUCACAGACUUCCGAACAUCAAUAGCCACAUACGCAAGGAAUACUUUGUCACCAAGUGACCGGAUCAACAUUUCAAAGACCAUGUGUCAUGACACGCGGACAGCAGACAAAUUCUACGCGCUCCACCGCACCGCGUCAGAGCUGGCUCGGAUCCGUCAGAAUUUCGAGGCAGCCGUCAAGCCACCACGUACGACGGUACAUGACACCGCCGAACCUUCCCUCCUCUCCAUGUCAGAAUCAUCAGGUGAUGGUGUUGAGGAGGAAGCGGACUGCGCGCCUCCCACCCCGCCUGCCGGUCCUUCGCCCGGUGCUGUGCCGUCCUCACCAACAUCCAGUCAGGCCACUGGAUCAACAAGCCCUGAUCACGCUUCUGAGAGCGACGUUGACUACACUGUUGACAGCGAGUCUGACCAAACUUCUGAGAGCGAGUCUGACCAAACUUCUGAGAGCGAGUCUGACCAAACUUCUGAGAGCGAGUCUGACCAAACUUCUGAGAGUGAGUCUGACCAAACUUCUGAGAGCGAGUCUGACCAAACUUCUGAGAGCGAGUCUGACCAAACUUCUGAAUACACUUCGGAGAGCGACCCUUCAUAUGAACCACGUAGAGGGACCCAACAACCCAGAAGAAAGAGACCAUUGUUUACCUACACGUUGAGAAAAAGACAACCAGGGCGCAGCCAAAGUGCACGUGUGCUGAGAUCCAGAAAAACAGUAAAAAAAUAA